AUGGCCAAAGUUAUAAAGAUUGGGCAUGUGACAAAGUUUAAGAACAGUAACGGUGAAGAUGCUGAGCUUAUAAAUUUUAGCUUGGCCGACAAAUCUGGUGCCAUUCUAGCCACUUGCACAGACAAAGGAAACGAGAGAAUGAUCAAAGAAGGAAAGACCCUUCACAUUAUGAAAAAUGGGAAAGUAGCUAUGUCUUACAAAACAAAAGUCAUGGCAAAGGCAAGCAUGCACAUUCCAGAUGCUUUGGUGGAAAGGGCAGAACACCUCAUUCACCCAAUAUCCCCAAUCAAAAAGGUGGAAGAACUCUUAGCUUCACCAUUGAGAACAAUUUCAACAAUGAAGGGACAGCUGUCAAAGAUUGAAUCAACAAGGACUGUUAAAGUAAAUGAUACAGAGACCCUCAUAAGAACAAUUAGUAUACAGGAGGAUGGGGAAAAAAUUGAUCUCACACUGCGGCGUGAUCUGGCGGAGGAAGAUCUCAAAAUUGGCCAAUAUUUGUCGAUUUCACACUGCAUGCUGAAUGAAUGA